CGAAAUAGAGGGGUGGGAGAAAGGGCGAAGAGAGAAAGCGAAAAGGGGGAAACCAAAGAGAAGAAAAGAGAUGAGCGGUGGCCUCCUACGAAGCGGCGGCCGGCACGCCCACCAGCUCCUCCUCCACCACUCCCGGCCUUCCCUCUCCGAUGCUCUCACCAAACACUCGCCGGCGAGAGCCUACGUCCGAACCCAUCUUCUCUCUUCCAAGUUCAAGGAGUCCUCGUCCCAUUUCUCGCCCGCCUCUCCUUCCCUCUUCGCGUCCUCUUUGUCCUCUCCCUCUGCCUCUGCCGCUGCUUCCUUCGCGCGGAAUGGGUUCGUGAAAUGGUAUUUGCGAAUGAUCAAAGCCCGCCCGGUCCUCACAAAGAGCCUCACCUCGGGUGCGAUCUUCGUUGCCGCGGAUGCCUCUUCUCAGAUGAUCACACUUCCACCCUUUGAUUCUUUUGAUUUAAUCAGAACAUUGCGCAUGGCUGGUUUUGGAAUGCUAGUUUCGGGACCCUCAUUGCAUUUAUGGUUCAAUUUCUUGUCAAAAAUACUGCCAAAACAAGAUGUUCCCACUACUUUUAAGAAGAUGUUUCUUGGGCAGGCUUUAUAUGCACCUAUAAUGAACGCAGUUUUCUACUCAGUAAAUUCAGCAUUACAAGGUGAAACUGGUGCUGAGAUCAUUGCCAGAUUGAAGAGAGACUUGAUCCCUACAUUGAAAAGUGGGCUUGUGUACUGGCCCAUGUGUGAUUUCAUCACUUUCAGAUUCAUCCCUGUCCAUCUACAGCCCUUAGUGAGCAAUUCAUUCUCAUUUCUUUGGACCAUCUACAUCACGUACAUGGCAAGCUUGCAGAAGGCAGGUGUGGAAAGGAUCUCAACUGACUGACUCCGUCUCCAUGCUAUAUGUUUGUCUCACCAUUCAUAUCCGUUCAAUUUUUGCAAGUUGCCUGAAUGGCACAGACCAGAAUGAUAUUGACAAGCAAGGUGGAUUAGCACCUCUGCAUUUGUUGGAUUCUGUAGAAAAUGAUAUAUUUCACAUGCUAGCCCAUUUUAAAUAGGCUUGUUUAUUCUUGCCAUGGUUCUUUUAUAAGUGUUGAGCACUGCAAAACCUUUUUCCAUUAUUCCAGUUAAAAAGUUAAUUACUGGCCGGGAGCCAUUUUUGUCAA